UAGCUACCUCUAGAUGUCAGCAUCUUUUCUGUCAUUAAACAUGGUGGCCGCAAUGAUUGACGUGGAGGAAACAACAUUUGAUCUCUUUUUAAGAUAUGGGCUCUUUUUUGGAGCAAUUUUCCAAUUAGUCUGCAUAGGCGCAGCGAUUUUUGGACCUGAAAUUUCAGAAAGUCAUUCCAAGGAUGACAACAGCGAAGAUUCUGGUUCUGAACAUGGUAGUCCAACAAAUGCAGGCCCCAAGCAUUCAGGACAGCACAAUCGACGAAAGAUAGAUAAAAAAAAGAGGAGGUGAAGACAACCGUCACCCUUGUGAUCAAAUCUUGUACUUGGGUGUAUUUCUCAUACAUGUGGCAUCUUUCUUAAGACCCAGUUUUAAGUUAUUAACUCAAUUUUAUUGAAUUGUGGUUCUUUGUUUUUCUUUAAAUUUUCAACUU